CAUAAAAUGCAUUGAAUUACGAGAAUAUAACAAAAGCACAGGAUGGAGACCUAUGAACUUCUAAAUUGUAAUUGUGGUAAAAUAAAAUUGAAAUAUGAUAGUAAUUGCGCUGUUUAAUAUUUCUAAACGUUAACUAAAAUUCUUUUGUAUGUCUGGUAAUUGUUUGUUACCAAUUUAGAUCAGAGCUGAUACCAAAAUCGCGACUACUAUAUCUUUAAUAAGUUAUUUGUAACAAAUAAAUACCUAACAAAUUUAAAUCGUUUUCGUUAUACGGUAGGUACGUAUAAGUACUAUUUUAGUUGUAGUUAGUAAUGGCAAACUGAAUACAAUAGACGAAGAUCUUUUAAGUUUCUGAAUUAUAUAACAACACAUAUAAUUUUAGAUUAAGUAUCAAAAUAAUUAUAUUUUACAACGAAGCAUGACCAUAAGUCAUAAAAAUAUCUACUUGUUCUUUACAAGCAGGCUCCAGAAACCUAUCAUUUACUAGCAAGAGUACGACAUGAAAACAUUCUACAAAUUCAUACUACCAAUAUGUUUAAUAUUUUGUCAUCAACAGUUUGGUCUGUGUGUAAGAUUUAAAAAAUAUUUAAGAUCGCGAUUUUCAAGUGUAUGUAUGUAGGUAGCAUUAAUAUGUAUUUAAUGUUUAAGUUGAAUGAAUACGGGGAAAGCAUGGAGGCGAUUUCGAGAUCAUUUGAAGAAAGAGUGAGGAACAAACUUAACCAUGAGAUGAAAAGCCCUGGCACUUAUGGUUAUAAUCAUUUUAAAAUACCAAGUUAUUUUAAAGAUUUCGGCCGUCGAUUUGUUCUACAAUAUCCGUAUACCGAAAAAAAAGUCCCACUUAUUAAUAUUACGGACGAAGACAAUUUGCACAAGACUCUAAAGGAAUUCCUAUUGGAGAACGACUUAUACGAACAAUCAAUCACUCCAGUACAGGCACCGUCUAAUAUAGUAUUAGAAGUUGCUAGACAAUCAGCGUUACUCCAAGCUGCGACUCCAAUAAACCCUUCUGAUGAUGUCAUCCACAGAAAUAUACUUCGAACUGGUGACUAUUGGAACGAUGUUGUCGAAGAGCCUGUGAAUACAGAUUUAUUUUUACGAUCUAAACCUCCAACAAAGAUUAACUCAUUGAAUCUUCGAUUUCAACCAGGAUCUAAUUUGUACGACCUUGUUACCGAAUUAAAAAAGAUCUCACCACGAUUGCUGUAUGUUAUAAAUGAUGAUUCUGAUUAACUACUAUAACAAAGUGAAAUACAUAAAAUUUA